GGAUCUUUCAUUGGUCGCUGGCCUGCGGCUUACGAACAGUACCGACAUUCACCGAGAGGCUCGGUUCUUCGAUGGGUCUUCUUUCAGUUUAGAGUAUAAAAAUAAUAAUAAUAAUCUUUUGAUCGUCAAAGGGACGCGGACAUGCCGUCGUUGCUAUUCUGCGGGCCGAAGAUGGCCGCGUGCGGGAUCGUGAUCAGCAUCUGGGGCGUCAUCAUGCUGGCGAUGUUGGGAAUCUUCUUCAGCGCCAAAUCAGCCGUGCUGAUCGAGGACGUCCCAUUCACUGAGGAUGACAUCCGUAACGAUAAAAGUCCUCCUCAGAACAUCUACAGUCUCUACAACCAGGUCGGCAUCAACUGCUUCAUCGCCGCCGCCGUCUACGUGGUGGUGGGCGCCAUCUCGCUCUGCCAGGUCCGACUCAACAAGCGGCAGGAGUACAUGGUGACAUAAAGACCUGCGGCGACGGCCUGACCUUUGACCUCGAGCACCCAGUUCCUCUCAAAGUUUAUUUACGUCUCAACUCUGGGAGAUCUGAUUGGCUAAGAUUAAAAGGGGGCGGGGUCAGGCAUCACCUGGAUUAUUUAUUUUGUAUUUACAUGUUUGUUGUUGUUGUUGUUCUGUUGUUGGGUGAAUUGUUGUUUCAUUCCUUUCUGUUGGACAUGAAAGUGACCAAAAGCGUGAAACACUGACGUCUGCUCGCCACAUUUAAUCACAUUAACAAGGAAACUGGGGGGGGGGGGGCGGAGCCCCGAGGACGCCUUCACCAUCUGCUGAGGCAGUUUUAUUGUGUCACAAGAGCAAAGAUGAAGGCGUCGCUCAGGCGUCCUCCUCUGCUCGAACAGAUCGGAGGACACGAGGCUGUGUUGUGUCUCUGAUGUGGGUCUGUGUUUGCUGGAACAUCGUUUGCAAUAAAGUGUGUGAGUGGAAACUA